CGAGCAAACCGAACCACCACACUGUGUGCAGCUAAAGAUUUAAUUAUUAAAAAAAGGCCGUUUUGAUGAGACAUGAUGACGACAAGAUCUGCUCUGAGUAAGAAGUGAGCUGAUUGUGAAUCAAUGGGGGAAUCAAAUUAGGGUCGCGUUUGGAUUUAGGCGCGUCGUUUAAUUCCAAAUAAAAUGCACUAACCAUGCAAUUUGCUGCAAUAGAAAAUAUGAGGGGGAACUAUGCACAAUAACCUAAAGAUCUCGCGCUGUGCACAUUACAGACUCAUUUCCGAGCAGCAAGAAUAAGAUUGACAUUAGUGUAGGCCUUAGUCUCCGGCUCCUGGCGGAGGCCUCCUGCACUUUAUGAAUAAUGAAAGAAUGACGUAAACAAUGCGGUCCUCUCUGCAGCUCGAGGCGGACGCACCGGGGCGUGACGCGGCCGUGACGUCGCUGGAGCCGGGGAUCUUUUAAUCCACUGCCGCAGCAGCACCAGCCGGUCACCGGAGGAGGGGGGAGCACAGGACAGCACAGGACGGGGAAUGGACCGCACACACAGGCUAGGCUAGUCCCGCACACAAGGCCCGCACAGCUCGGUGUUCAGAUGGAGGAUCAAACCACCGAGUAAAACAGACACGACACGACCGGAACGAGUCGACUCCUCUCCUCGCAGGCCGGGCCCCCUCCUCUCUGUAGCCUGCAGCCUAUUCACACACACCCUCCUGUCAAAGGAACCUCAUUCAGCUGACAUUAAACGUUCAUUGGUUUAUUUCAAGAGGAGGGUUCGCUGUGUGGUUGGAUCCUGCGCCCUCGUCCUGCCGGUUCGCUUCGUCCUUCAGCUGCAGCGUCGCCGCGUCCUCCCUGUUCCUGUCAGCUGCUGCGCAUCAGCAAAACAUGCAGGAUGAGCCUGCGGGGCUGACAAUCACACAACUGCCCCCGUCACCCGAGGAGAAGGACCGCAGCACGGUCAGCAGAUCCGGGAACCAGCCGAACCGGACCGACAGCCAGCCGAGCUCCUUCACGCCGGAUUACAGCCACCUGAACCAGGAGAGCGCCUUCCCCGAUUUCGAUCGAGGUCGUUUCUGCUCGCCCCGGUCCAUCCGUGACCUUCAGCACCGCCGCAAAAUACAUCAGCACUUAAGUCAGCAAGACGAGUUUAGCCCCGCAGUGUCGCCCCCACCCCCGGGUCUUUUCAGUCACCUGCCGCAGAGGCAGCUCUUCUCCGCUAAGAACGACCCCGGCGCCGCCGACCCCCGCGGCUCUCCCCUGGAAGAGGCUGAAGCCGAUGCUGCGUCGCCAUCGCCCACUUCCGUAAAUCCACGCACGAUCCAAAUGGACUCCCCCAUCGCCCACCAUAUAAAUAACGGCAAUGGCAGCAGCAGCACCGGCAACAUGUUGUCCGGAGGUCUCGGCGCCGCCUUCCCGAACCUCCCCAGCCAGGAGAUGCAGAGCGCCAACGGCGGCUCGUCGUCACCUUCCCUCCCCGGGUUCGGCACCCCGUGGUCCGUCCAGACCAGCUCCUCGCCCCCGCCCGCACCCAACUCCAUCAACCCCAUCCAUCCCAUCCACGCCAACGCCAUUAACCAGAUGCCCAACGCGGACUCUGACAACAGCUUCUACCCAGGUAUCCCCUCCUCCAUCAACCCGGCCUUCUUCCAGAGUUAUUCGCCGGUGUCAGCUAAUCCCUGCGCCGGGAUUAAUGUGCCAGGCUACAGCGGUCCUUUCUCGCCCCAGAUCAACGUCCAUCAGCAGCAGAGCCGCAGGUCCCCGGUCAGUCCCCAGAUGCAUCCCCAGCAGGGCGCCUUCCUUCAGCAGAGGAACAACUACAACCAACAUCAGCCCAUGGUGAAGCAGUCGCCUUGGGGCAGCCACCAGGGGAAUGGCUGGGGCUCCGGGGGAAUGUCCUGGGGCCGGGACCACCGCCGUAGCAGUGGCAUGGGCGUACCUGGCUCGGUCAGUCACGUCUCGCCCCUGAAGAAGCCGUUCUCGAGCAACGUCAUCGCUCCCCCGAAGUUCCCACGCACUGGGGGAUCACUGGGGCCUAAGUCCUGGAUAGAGGAGAACUUGUUCCGCACAGACAGCAACAGCAACACCUUGUUGCCAAUGCAGGACCGCACCAGAAUGUACGACAGUCUGAACAUGCACUCCCUGGAGAGCUCCCUGAUCGACAUCAUGCGAGCUGAGCAGGAUCCAAUGAAAGGCCGUGUGGGAUGUCCUCACCCUGGGGCUGAUGGCCUCCUCAUGCUCAAUGCCAGGAGCUAUGGGAGACGUCGAGGCCGCUCCUCCCUCUUCCCCAUUGAUGACAAUCUCCUCGAUGAUGGCCACGGCAACCAGGGUGUCCCAGGAGUCCUCGGCUCCCCCAGCUGUUACCCCCACCAGAACGGGGAACGCAUUGAGCGCUUCUCCCGCAAGGUGUUUGUAGGAGGUUUGCCCCCUGACAUAGAUGAAGAUGAAAUAACCUCAAGUUUCCGCCGCUUUGGUCACCUGGUGGUGGACUGGCCGCACAAAGCUGAGAGCAAAUCUUACUUUCCACCUAAAGGAUACGCAUUCCUGCUGUUCCAGGAGGAGAGCUCAGUGCAGGCUCUGAUUGAAGCCUGCAUGGAGGAGGAUGGGAAGCUCUACCUGUGCGUCUCCAGUCCCACUAUUAAGGACAAACCAGUGCAAAUUCGACCUUGGAACCUGAGCGACAGUGAUUUUGUGAUGGACGGAUCUCAGCCCCUUGAUCCCCGCAAGACCAUCUUUGUGGGAGGUGUCCCUCGUCCCCUGAGAGCAAUUGAGCUGGCCAUGAUCAUGGAUCGUCUCUAUGGUGGAGUCUGUUACGCGGGAAUUGACACUGAUCCUGAACUCAAAUACCCCAAGGGUGCAGGACGAGUGGCCUUUUCCAAUCAGCAGAGUUACAUCGCGGCCAUCAGCGCCAGAUUCGUCCAACUGCAGCAUGGUGACAUUGAUAAGCGGGUGGAGGUGAAGCCCUACGUCCUGGACGACCAGCUCUGCGAUGAGUGUCAGGGUGCACGCUGUGGGGGGAAAUUCGCUCCCUUCUUCUGUGCUAACGUCACCUGUCUGCAGUACUACUGUGAGUUCUGCUGGGCCAACAUUCACUCCCGUGCCGGACGGGAGUUUCACAAGCCCCUGGUCAAAGAAGGAGCCGACCGCCCCCGCCAGAUUCACUUCCGCUGGAACUAGAGGUGCGAGUGGUGACACGGUCAGAGGGAAGGGAAAUGAAACACUGGCUAACAGGAAAAAAAGAGCAUCGCUCUGCCUCUCAUGCUCUCCUAAGCUUUCAGUAUAAUUGAGUACUUAACACCACAGUAUAUACUAUAUAUAUCUAUAUAUAUUUUGUAGCAGCCAAACACCACAAGCCUCAGUUUUCACCAAAACCCCCCUCACAUCUCAGGCUCUGACAACUCUACAACUCUUUUGUGGUACUUUCAUCUUUUCUAAGAGGAGAUUUAAAAAGAGAUUGAUUUUUGUAGGUUUUUUUAUCAUUAUUAUUUUUGUAUGUGAGAUUUAAAGUAGAAACGGGAAUGUUUUUGCAUGGGGCAGCUUGUCUGUCUGUUUGUCUGCUGCUAGGCACCCCACAGUGCGUGUAGUGCACACUUGUUUCUGGGAAAAACCUCAAUUCUCUAAUGUUGACGCCUGCCCCAGGUCAUUAACCAAAGGUAGCAAAAUUAUAGGAAGCUUAAAAUUUACACAUUUCUGCCGCAAAGCAAAUGGUUGUUUUUUAACGUUGCCAUGGGCUCUUUCAUCUUGUUAAAGAGUUUAUAAAAAAAAAAUGUUUUUUUUUAUUUCUACACUCUCACAGACCCAUAGAGUGAUACCUCAAAAUACAAAAUCUGGUUUCUGUAUUCAACAUUUAUACUUAACAAGCUAUUUCAGAAGCUUUGCUGCUAUAUAUACGUAUAUAUAUGUAUAGGUGUGUAGGAAUUAUAUUUAAUGCCAUUUAUAAAUCUGAAUCAUGUUAAAGGAAAUGCAGUAUGCACUCAAACACUAAGAGUUCAAGUGCAUGUUAUGCCACUAGGCUUAGCUACACAACUAGCAUGCAGGAUAGAGGUGAGAGAAAGAAAAUCACGGAGGAAAAAAAACUAAAAAACAAACCACUGAAAUAAUAAUUAAAGAAAUUAUUAAGACAGUAGCAUGACCAUCUAUUACAGAAGCCUAAGAGGGGAAAAAAUCAGACAAAGCAUAAUAACAAAAAAAAACAUAUUUAAACUUGCAUGCAUUGAUGUUUAUCUGUUGUUUGAUCCGUUUACAUACUUAUCGAUACAAAAAGUGAUAUUGGCUCUACUGUAGACUUAGUGGACGCAAUCAUUUUGUGAUAUGGUGUCCUGUAUGGCGAAAAAAAAAACCCUGUGGAGAACAGAGUGGUGUUCAGUGGUUUGUGUAUGUGUGUCGUCCCUGUGCCGUGUGACUGUUGUUAGUGUAGACUGAGGCUAUGGUUUAGUUUCCUGCAGAAGUAGUAUAGGAGAAGUAAGACAGCGACUUGACUCUGCCUUCACCCUUCCCGUCCUGUGUCCUCGUGCGGUUCCAAAGGUUUUAUCUGACACAGCGUCGCACAGGCAGACCAAAUGUAGACUAAAGAGCUGGGUCCAUUUGGGAGAUUGAAGUGGGAGAAGUGGGCCUGGGAUGAAGGUUGUGUUUAAAAGUAUCUUUCGAACUUGUUCACUUCACUAAACUGCAGAUUUUUGUAAGGACUGCUCGACACCGUCAUGCUAUGUGGCUGCAGCUCCAUGAAUCUCCCAGGCCCAGGUGAAGUAUCUCCACAAACUCCCCAUCCAACCUUUUAUUACGAGGAUGACGACACUUGGUGUCUUGGCAUGCUAGAUAUGAAACUCUCCUCUCUUUGUAUCGUCCGUCUGUUCGAUUUCCCACCGUGACCCUUGAAGUACUCUUAAACAAACUAUUUAUGGACAAUCUUUCUGUAAGGAUGGUGGCCCAGCCGUCAGUUAGGUACUGUACAAGUGUGUUGCUCUCAUGUGGACGUGGUUUUUGUGUUUCAUGCCCUUGUGUGUUCUCCUCGGUAUCAAGUGUGUACUGUUACAAAACCUAUGAAAUUAUUACUUGUAGUUGAGUCAUACAAUUUAAUUUGUUUUUGUCAACUACUUACCCAUCACUGGCCCUUCAGUAUGUUUUUUACAAUAUAUAUUAUGCACUACUUUUCUAUAUACCCCCCUCAUUUUUUUCCUUAUUCACCCCCUGAAGUGAUUUCAGUGCAGAUGUGGAUUCUCUGAGGCCUCCACCUAUUUAUAAUUCUAAAGAUGAUUUAUUAAAUUUUUAUUUUUUCAUGAUUACUUAUUUAAGAUGUAGCGUGAAGCAGUGGUCUUAAUUUAUCUGUGUUCUGUAUGAGUAGAGAAAGAAUCCAAUAUUUUCUAAUAUAUUAACUAAUGUAGUCUUGGAUGUUGUGAGGAGCGGGAGUCAGAAAGACUUCGCCGGCCAUGACGUAAAUCACAUGAACGUAAGAGAUUUCCCCCCCGUGGCUUUAGUUCUCAUGGUGUCCGACACGAACAUGAAUAUCGUCACCUGUAACACUUGACUUGUGCUGUUCUCGUGAGGUUCUAUUUUCUAUGUUGAACACUGUUACUUUGUUCUGUAUGUGUCUUUGUUUUUGUAAAAAUCAUAUUUAUUUCACUAUUUUUGUAGACAAAAAAAAUAUUUGAUUUUGAUUGUAUUUUUCUAUUUAAAUAGGACUAUUAUACAAUUUAUUUCCCCCCCCCCUAAGUGAUAAUUAUAUCCAAAAGUUCUGUUAAAAGACAAGAAUCAUGACAUUAGUAACAACAGCAGAGUUUUUGAGCGGAUUCUUAUUUUGAUACACAUGACACGUUUCAUUUGACGGAGGGAAACAUGAAGGUUUUAUCAUAUUCUUGGAAGACACUUGAGAUUCUCCCCUGUUGCAUCGAGGCCCCAGCUGCCUGUCCUCGUAGAUGCUCUGAAACUUGAAUAUAACACAUUUUGAAAGGCUGACUAACCUCGAAUCUGUGUUGUGAUGUGCAAUACUGUUUCUAAUGUUUGUAUAAAAGUAAGAACUACAGUGUAAACCUUUUUAAUGCAGAUUUAUUUUUUUCAUUGCAUAUUUUGCAGAUUUCUGAUCCACAGUGUCAUUUUUUACUGUCAGAAAAGAUAAACCCCGUUUUUUCAUUGCAACUAUUUUUAAAUCCAGAUAUCUUUGUACUGAUGUAAAUGAUUGUAGUUAUUUUGGAUAGUGUUUUGCUAACAAAAGGAGAGACUUUUUCAUGCAUAUUUCUAUUUCAUUUCAUCUUGUUUUAUCCCACGUUUUUAUUUCGUUUAAUAAUAGCAGACUUUCUUGGAAUACUUUUUCAUAUUUAAAUGUCAUUGGUCUUAUUUUGUAUUUUUAUGUCGAAAUACACUAUAUAUAAUUUUAAGAUGCUAAUUGCUAAGAUAUUAUUUUGAGUUUAAUUAUUUUUAAAAGCUAAAUAUUUGUAAUUUUAUUGUUAAAGUGACUAAUUUCUAAAUCAGAGUUUGUGUAUAGAUUCACAAAAGUGGUUUAUGAGGUGUUUGGAUUGUAAUUAUUACUGAAUGGUUCUUUAAUAUGCAAAAUGAAUAUCAUGUUUAUUUUUAUUUUUGUUGGUUUUGUAUUUAAAUGGGGUGUUGAUUACAAUCUUUGUUUUUUCUUUCACUUCCUGAAUAAAGACCCAUUCUGUUUGGACACAACAUG